CGCGACAUAGUUUCCGUGUUUCUCCUCUUUCUAUCUGGAAGAAGAACGAAAAUAAACACAGAAUUAUGCCAAGAACGCAAUUAUCGUUUAGCUGAUUGUUGCCAUAUGAAUAGCAGAGUAUGUCAAAAUGAAUGAAGAUAAUAAAGCAAGAACUCAAUACAGAGGUCAGUUGUCUGCCCUUGAUGACACAGAUGAGUUCAACUGUUCCUCUGGCAACAUUUUGGAAAACUUUCCUUAUCUCAGGAAUGACGGCCUUGGACAAAUGCAAGUGCAUCAAUCGACAGGGCAAAAUACACAGAGUACUAUUAAAGCAGAGUUGCCAAGUUUCAAAUCAUUUAUCAAAAAGGAAGAUGAUUCAAAUAAAUUUAUAAUUGCUGGUUCUACAACCUAUUCUGAUUUUUCACACAGUUUCACUACAGUUUUCACAACACCAGUUGGAGCUGCACCUAUUGAAAUAAAUACUACCAACCAGACAUGUGUACCAGUCUUGGAAAAGUCACUCCUUUUAGAACAAUUAAACAUAAGUCGUCUUACAAAUGUAGAGACUGCAGGUCAGAGGUCAUAUCCAAAGACCUUGAGCCAUCACAUGACUGAAUCUGUUGGUGAGACCUCAAACUAUAGCACACAGUUCAGCAGUUCAGAGCAGCAGGCUAGUUCUGGAACCCUUGAGCAGAAUGUUGUGUCUAAUAUAACCUUAAAUUCCACAGCUAAUGAACAGUCAAACACAAGAGAUAGUAAAGAUUUUAUAUCCAUAAUUUCCACAAAUGGUCAAUCAGACACAACUGAUAAAAAGGAUGAUCUUAACGUUAACUUGAACAAAGUAGAGAGUUCUUUAGCUGAUGAACAAACUACAAGAACAAUAUCUGCAGGACCUAAGAUCCAGUUUUUAUUGAAAGGCAAAUUAGGACAUGAUAUAGAUGCAAUUGUGAAGUCAGUUAGACAGAUCAUGAUAGAACCAGUUGAUGUUGAAGAGAGAUUGAUAGAAGACUUUGUAUAUAAUUAUCCGAAAGAAAUCAAGACCGAACCAGUGGAUGAACCUGCUAUGUCUGCAUCAGCCUCACAAAGCAUGUAUGUUUCACCUACAUCCUCUGUAUCCAUAUCCACAUCAGGUCAGUUUACUCAGCCAAGCUGGUCAGGUUUUCAAAAGGACACACUGUUAUCUGAAUCGUCAGUGAAGGAGGUUUGUGCUUAUAGUACAAACACUGUAACAAAAUCUCUGGCCUAUGUUGAUAGUGAAACCACCACGGUUAGUAGUGAAGUUGUUAUAAAACCUGUAGUCAGAUAUACUGAGCCGAGUAUUGCUGAAAUACGAGCCAGUGUUCUAGGCUCUUCUGAACGUACAAGAAACAUUCGUGGGCUUGAUGCUGGUUCUGAAAAUGGUGAAAAAGAUGUUGAAGAGGAUAUUGCAGACAGAAAUGAGGACAGCUUGACAAGUGAUGAAAUUUUUGAAUCGGAAAUUAUUCAGAAAAAGUCAGAUGAAAACCAGUAUGGUGCAAUGCUUAGAAAAUUCACAAGUAUGAAAAAAACAAAUGAAACAAUUGAAAAUACUCCAACUGCAAAGAAAGGUGGUCGGAGUGAUCCUUCAAAUCCAUUUGCUCUAACAUCUCCAAGUUUCAAUGAUUCAACAGCAAAAGCGUUAAUGACAACAACACAGACUUCAACAGCCACCGUUAUUAUGAUCUCAAUAAUGAGUAUAGGGAGCCGAGCAAAACUUAUUCCAAAAAUAGUAAAUUCCAAAGCAGCAGAGGGUGGACUUAUUUCUAUCAUAAAUCCAGUUGAACCACCUGGAAACAAGUCUACACAGGUAAAUAAUGAAGAUCAAAUUUCAUCCGAAAGAACAUCAAUCAUGUCUAAACUUAGAAGGGAGAAGUGGCAUUCCAGCGAGGACAGUGCCACAGCAAAUACCAAUAUCGACAGACUUGACAUAAAUAUUAAAAUUGACGAUAAUCAGUAUAUUGGUCAUGGGGAGAAUAAACGAUGGCUGUGCAAAAUAUGCCCAAAGUCAUACACAACAAAGCAUAACUUAGUCGCCCAUAUUCUAGAUCAUGGUGAUAUAAAGCCUCAUUUGUGUCUUGUUUGUGAGAAAUACUUCAAACAGCUGAGUCACCUAAACACACAUAUGUUGACACAUGACAAUGUAAAACCUUAUGUUUGUACUCUGUGUGAUAAAGGGUUUACACAAAUCAGUCACUUGAAGAGACAUGAGACUGUGCAUAUGGGCAGCAAACCAUACAUUUGUGACAUCUGUAAUCGAGGUUUUGCCUUCCCCAGUGAACUACGACUACAUAAGGACAAGCACAUGUCUGGAUCUGAGAAGUGCACAGACUGUGAUAAGGAAUUUGACACAUGGAAUGAAUUGCAGGAGCACAUGGUCGCAUUUAGUCAUUGCGGUGAUUUGCAGUGUAAACAUUGUGAUCGUAUUUUUCGGUUCCCAAGUCAGCUGAGAGAUCACAUGAUGUCACAUGCUGGUUCAAGGCCUUACAUCUGUACAGAAUGUGGAAUGGAUUUUAUGAAGGAGCAUCAUCUGAAGUCGCACCAAUUUACUCAUACGGGUCUUCGUCCAUAUGUUUGUCCUGACUGUGGCAGAUCGUUUAACCAGAAAGCAAACAUGCAGCGUCAUAUGUUGAUCCAUAAUGCCCAGAGAGCGUACAGAUGUGAAGUGUGCGGUAAAACCUUCACACAGCCGCAGACUCUCAAGGCUCAUAUGGUGGUUCAUUCAGAUACUAAACCAUAUAAAUGUAACAUAUGUGGGAAGCAGUUUGGCCGGCAGCAUAAUCUACAAGGCCAUAUGCACAUACACAGUGACAGUAAACCAUAUUCCUGCUCUAUCUGUCAGUCCUCCUUUACACUCAAAGGUAACUUGAACCGUCAUAAAAAGGUAAAACAUGGUCUUGAUGAAUCUACUGAGGUUAUGGAAGAAGAUGCUGUUAACUUUCUCAGUACAAUCUCUGACCGUGCACGGGAAAGCUACAGUAACUAUGUACCAAGUGACAAUGAGAUUGACCCAGAUUCCAGAGAUGGUCUGCCUUCCCCGGAGUCGAGGUCAAGUAAAAAGGGUAGAAAGUCUGUGCCAAGAAAACACGUCAGUAGACAGUUGUAUGAUGAUGAUGAUGGAGAUAUGGGUAGUGAUUUUGAAACAGAAAGGACAAUUACAUACAGCGACGAGGAAAGAGAAAAUGAGAGAACCAGUGGAAUUACUUCAAAAUAUUUUGAAUCAUCAGAAACAGGUAGUGCGAGUUCUAGACGAAAACGAAAAAGAGGUGCGGUCUAUCAUGUAGAGUAUGAUGAUGAAAGUGAUGGACAUAAUGAUAGUGAUGUAAAAGAAAUCCAAGAUAAUCAAAGUUUUGAAACCAAUGAUACAACAUUAAACGCUACAAGUGAAACACGGUCAACAAGAAAACGAAAGAAAAAAGAUUUUGGGGAGGAUUUCACAGAGACGGGACUUGAGAUGGAAACAUCAGCUAGGUCUCAAAAGAAAAAAAGUGCUAAACUUGAUAAUAUAAUAGCUUCAAAAUUCAGUGCAUAAAGUUAAAAAUGUGGGCAUAUGAUAAAAUAUUACAUACCACUUGUGUUUUUCAACAAAAUAUAUAUUUGCCCCCCAAAAAAUCUACAGUUGUUAUACCAUAUAACCACAAUGUUAUGUGAAAAUUUGUUAGCAAAAACAACAGUGUGGCAAUAUCAUUUUUAGCACGACUAUAUAAAGUAUAUGGAGAGCUAUCCUAAUCACCCUGGUGUUGGCGUCUUUAUUUUUUACACUUUCUCUUUCUCCUUAUCUUUGUAAUAAUUAUUACUUGAUGGAUUUGAACUUAAAAGAGUUAUUCCUCAUCGUCACCCACAUCAUAUGGCCAUAACUCUCUCACCAAUAUUUCAUGAAUUAUCCCCCCUUUUUACUUAGAAUUUCAGGUUAAAGUUUUGUUGCACUUUCUUACUAUCUCAAUUAUUCCUAGAUGGAUUUGAUUCAAACUGAAAGUAGUUGUUCCACACCAUCUCCCACAUCAUAUGACACAAGGCCUGUAAUACUGGUACCAAUAUUUAGUUAAUUAUUCCCCCUUUUACUUAGAAUUUCAGGUUUAAGUUUUGGUACACUUUCGCUCUAUCUUAAGUUAUUACUUAAUGGAUUUGAUUCAAACUUAAAAUAGUUGUUACACCUUAUCAUCCACAUCAUAUGACACAAGGUGCAUAACUCUGGCACCAAUUUUUCAUGAAUUAUGCCCCCUUUUACUUAGAAUUUAAGGUUAAUUUUGAUGCAGUUUCACUAUAUCUAAGUUAUUACGAAAUGCAUUUGAUUCAUACAGUAGUUGUUCCACAUCAUCACCAACAUCAUAAUUUUUAUGAUACCAGGUGCAUAAUUCUUGCACCAAUAUUGUAUGAAUUAUGCCCCCUUUUUGCUUAAAAUUAUACUUAUAUUGUGUUUUGAUACAAUUUAUCUUUACCUCUCUUAUUACUUAAUAUUUUUGACACAGACUAAAGCUAUUGUGCAAUAUCUCCAUCCACCAUUCGAGUCAUCAAACACUCCAGUGACAGCUCCAGUUUCCUCGCUGUGCCCAGUUUCACUAUCAAGCAUCGAAAUAGUUGAGUGCACUGUCUACUGUAACAGCUCUUGUUUUUAGUCCUAUCACAUGCAGUACUUUUGACCAGUCAAAUGAGUGAGUUUCAGCCCAGUACACAGCUUAAGCAAUUACUGUCUCUUGCAAAAAGAAGAGCAAAAUUCAUGUGAUGAUUCGCUUUUUGUGACAUUUACUUUUUCUUUUCUGCCAGAUGAGAUUUAUAAUUUUGAAAGUGUAUUUUUUAAAUGUCUGACUAUUUUAUCAAAAACAUUAUCUACCAAAAGUUAUUCUGACCUGUUGUUUUCAGUGCAAUUCUUAAGCUUUCAUAAGGCACCUACUUAUAAACUUUGAUUUUGUUACAUUUAUUUUUAUCUCUUAUCUUACCUAUAACUACAGUAUUAUUAAUGUAUUUUUUGCAACUUUGAUAUAAAUGUAGAUGACA